UUGCUCAAUGCUUGCGGCACCGGAAGUAGUAUUUUCUUCUUCUUCUCUAAUGGAAGUAGUAUUUUGCGCGGGUAUCUUCUCGCGGGAAUUCCGUACCUCAUAACAGAGGCAUCGCCACGUUUACGCGACUACAAUUCGUUCAGUAGUUUAUAGAGAACAUCGGGCCCUGUUUUUGUUUUGUUUCAGCAGGAAGAUUACGGUCGUCUGUGUUUGCAGGUGAUGGUGAGAGCUCUCUGUUGACAUGAGUGCUCUGUUUGCCUGUGAGGACCCAGCCACAUGGAGGAGUGUGUAUGGGAAAUAUUGGGAUGUAGUGGAGGCAAAGUCCAAAAGCAAGAAACCUGGAAAGCUGCUGAACCUCGACAAGUGGUACCAAGAGGAGCUGCCUACACUCAUUUCAAGUCGACCUGACAUUCAUGUCACUCAACCAGAGCUGGUGAAACUGAUGGAGUGGAAGCUCACUAGGGGGAAGUUCAGGCCGAGGCUGCAGCAGCUGGUGGCUUCCAACAGUGAGGACACCGUGGAGACGUGUUCCAGAAAGGCCUUCAGCCUCCUGCCUGAUGUGCAGGCAGCGAUCGCAGAGCUCAGCUCCCUGAAAGGCGUAGGCCCGGCCACCGCCUCAGCUAUGUUGGCAGCAGGAGCUCCAGAACAGGCUGCCUUCAUGUCCGAUGAAGCCAUGGAGAGUGUACCAGGACUAAAGCCCAUCCAAUACACAGCCAAGCACUACACUCUCUACUUGGGCAAAAUGGUCGAGUGCACUGAAAAACUAAACAAAGUGGAUCCCCAGCAGGACUGGACGCCCCACAGGCUGGAGUUGUGUUUGUGGGCGUUGACCACAGCCAAACAGCACCAGCUCCCACUUCUAAAGGAGGUCGAUGUGAAGGUGAAGAGCUCGGAUGCCGACACUGACCAGAGACCAACAAAGAAGCUCAAAACAAGAUAAAAACAAAUAGUGCACAGUAUCUUUUACACUUGCUUUAUUGUUUGUCAGAUUUUUUUUUUUUUGUGUUUUUCCAAAAUAAUAAAGCCUUUAUAUCAAAUGGAGUAUAUAGAGUAUUUGCAUUUUUUUUGUUUGGUAUCAUGUAGUCCAGUCAUACAGUUGUAAGUUGCAGCACAAUGAUAAUGGUUUUGUGCUGAAACACUAAAAACAGCAGUUUGACGUUGCCACAGUAUUGUUCUUUAUUUAUAGUUUCU